AUGUCAAAAUCCGAGAAGAGCAGCAAGAAGUCCAAGAAGGAGAAGCCCGAGGGCGCUGUCGCCGCCGACGCCGCCGCCGCCGUCGUCGCCGCUGUCGACGACGGCGAAAAGAAGCGCUGGAAAGUGGAGCGGAAGGAGAAGAAGGAGCGGAAGAAACAGGAAAAGAAGGAGAAGAAGGAGAAGAAAGCCAGCAAGGAAAAAAAAGAGCCCAAGGAGAACAAGUACAAGAAGGGCAAGCAGGAGAGGCUGGAGAAGAGAGAGGCGCGGGAGAGAGCCAAGCUGGGCGCGGCCAGAAACCAGCUCCCCAAAGUUGAAGCGGACCACGCACCCACAAGUGUGCCCACGCCCAGCAAGCCCGCCGACGAACCCAAGCCCGAGAAGUCGAAGAAGAGGAAGCAUGAAGAGACUUCUGACGAGCCUGCCGAGGGCGAUGUGCAACAAGCAUCCAAGAAGGAAAAAAAGCAGAAGAAGGCCAAAACCUCCAGCGAGCCCGCCGAGUCCACCGAGUCCGCCGAGUCCACCGAGUCCGCCGAGUCCGCCGAGUCCGCCGAGUCCGACGCCCAACCGGUCCCUGAAGGCGACGACAAGUCUGCGACACGCUUCAUCGUCUUCAUCGGCAACCUGCCAUACACCGCCACAAAAGAAUCCGUCGCCAAACACUUCGCCAAGCUGUCGCCCACCUCCAUCCGCGCCCCCAUGACCAAUGACAACAAGAAGAGCAAAGGAUUCGCUUUCCUCGAGUUUGACCGCUACGACCACAUGAAGUCAUGUCUCAAGCUGUACCACCAUUCCAGCUUCGAUGACGGCAAGAGCGCCGCAAGGAAGAUCAAUGUCGAGCUGACUGUCGGUGGUGGUGGUGCCAAGUCCGAAGCCCGCAAAGAAAAGUUGAAGAACAAAAACGAGAGGCUCAACGAGCAGCGCAAACGACGCGCCGAGACCGAGGCUAAGGAGAAGGUGCGCGCAGACAAGAAAGCCAAACGUGGACCGGGCAAGGGUGCCAAUGCUCAGCCCGUGGGUGACCAGGGGCCGCCGCAGUACGACGGUGCCAACGAUGAGGCCGCCUCUGCUGAUAACGGCGGCAUCCAUCCUGCGCGCCUGGCCAUGAUGCGUAGAUAG